AGGAAAAGAAAAAGGAAAAAGGUAACCGCGAAGACGAACCGUCUUAGGGACUCUAGAAGGUGCUUUUCGUACGACCCAAGGAGGCAAAUCGAGAGAAAAGGCUCUGUUGUUGCAGUUGCAGAUCAAAAUUAUCAAACCCUAAACCGAAACGAAGAUGGCGAGAACAAGAAACGGGCCGCGAUCGAACGGAAUGCUGCCGCUGUUAGCACUUCACGCGGCGAGCGAGUAUUACAGGCUCGACCGGAAGCCUCCGGUCACCGCCGGACUCAUUGCCGCCAAUUCUCUCAUCUACUUACGCCCUGCUUUUCUCGACCCCAUUCUCCCUUCCCUCCAAGAAGUCUGGUUCAACCCCCACCUCAUCCUCAAGAAUGGAGACUUGAAGCGCUUCUUCUUGUCGCCGUUCUAUCAUGUGGGAGAGUCUCACUUGGUUUACAACAUGCUCUCCCUCUUGUGGAAGGGAAUUCAAUUGGAAAAUUCAAUGGACAGUGCUGAGUUCGCUUCCAUGGUUGCUGUGCUACUGGGCAUGUCCCAAGGAAUCUCACUGCUGAUUUCCAAGUCCCUGCUUGCGUUCUUUGACUAUGAAUGGGCUUACUACACUGAAUACUCUGUUGGGUUUUCUGGGGUGCUCUUUGCCAUGAAGGUUGUGCUCAAUUCCCAGACUGAGAACAGUUAUGUUUAUGGAAUUCCGAUACCAUCUCGUUACGCUGCGUGGGCGGAAUUGGCUCUGGUCCAAUUUUUGGUUCCUGGUGUCUCUUUUAUUGGUCAUUUGGGUGGAAUUCUUGCAGGGCUUGUCUAUAUUCAGUUGAGGGGUUCUUACAAUGGCUCAGACCCACUUACUGUUAUCAUCAGAGGUCUUACUGGUGUGCUGAAAUGUCCUGUGAGAUUUUUACGACGCAUGUUUCCAUUCCGAAGGAGGCAGAUAUCCGGUAGAGGACCUAUUGGUGGGGGUCAGAGAGGAAUUUCUGUGUCUGGUUUCUGGAGAUGCCAUGCUUGUACGUAUGAGAAUUCUGCUUGGUUAGAUGUAUGCGAAAUGUGUUCGACAAAUAGGACGGCCACUGGCAGUGCCAAUGGCAUGGCUUCACCUCGAUCGGCACAUUAUUCCGGUGACCUUCCUUUGGAAGAAUUACGUCGGCGGAGGAUGGAAAGAUUUGGGAGAUGAUAGGGUUCCUAUUCCUGAGACUUGUUACGGAUGAUGUUGGCAAUGCAUGACCUGCAAAUGCAAUGCCUCUUCCUCUCCUCACCCCUUUUCAUUUGAAUGUUCAAUCUGGUUAGAACUUGGAACAUAUUGUCUUAGCUAACUGGUCUUUGCCCAACUAUAUGCUGAACUUUUAUCAAUUGUUUGUUGAUCGUUGAGAA